AUGUCACUUCUUCAGCUGCGUCGUCUCUUUGGUGGCCUACGCGUGAGUGCAGGCCAAACAACAUGUCGAGGCCUCGAAGAUUUUUUUCCAGCUCAAAAAGUUUCAGGAGAGGGCGCUAAGACCAGCAGCUUGACGCAGGUGCCAGUGAAUGUGGGUGCCAAGAAGGUGGUUGUUGGUGCUUUGUCAGAUCGCUUUGCUGGAGUUUACAUGCGAGUGCCAUUUGUCAGAUCUAAGAAGGUUGCGAGCUCUGUGACCGAUAAUCUCGACCAGUCUGCAGCAAGGACAGAGCCUCCACCCAUUAGUGGCACAAUCAUUGAUCGAAGUGACAACCCAUUGAGAGUCACCGAGUCGUCAGCUUCACGCGCAACUUCUGCUUUGGCAUCACUAACUCGAUUUAAUUCGCGUCCUGCUAAUCAUUUAGCAGCUAAAAGUAGCUUUGCUCACGAAAAGGCUAAUGACGCGAUGGACUUUAAUACUAGCUCCAUGCUGAGUUUACCAUACUCGCGAGAUCAAUAG